AUGUCGUGGAGAUUGGGGAAAAAGUUUCGGGAAGGCUCGACCUUUCCUUUUAGGUCGCAUUCUCCCGAUCCAUAUGCGAAUGGAAAUGAGCAGCAAGAAGCGCCAAAAUCGCCCUCGGCACCUACCACGGCAAUUUCCAGCACAACCACCCCAAGCCAGCCGGAUACAACACAUGCGGACCUUUUGACGGUAAGUGUAGUAAAUGCACGUGGUUUGUCGCUGCCGAAAGGCAAAGCGCUUGCCAACAAGGUGGACAUGACGUCGGCGCGUACGCCUACUCUGAAAGAAAGGCAAUCCUGCCUACCUUAUGUCGUCCUGGAAUUCGACAAGAACGAAGUGCUGAUCCUUGCGUCGGGUGGCGACAUUGAAGCUCCACAUUGGCAGUUUACGGCCAACUUUGACGUGUCGCGUCGGACCGACGUGACCCUCCAUAUAUAUUUACGUGCCGAGGUGGUAAUGGAUGAGCCAGCACGAACGGCGACACCUGCGAGCAGCGUUUUGGACCUCUUUAGAAGCUCGAUACCAAAGACGGGCGAAGCAGCACGGCGAGAGGCGAUGCAUAGUAUCUUUGAAAAAAGCGAUGUAUACCUUGGCGCCGCCAAGCUUACGCCCGCAUUCGACGGCUCCAAACGCAUGGAUACGUGGCUGCCGGUAACCGGCGGCACAGGCGAGAUCCGGGUCCAACUUGCGUUCAAAUCACAGCUUGGGCGCACGCUUUCCAUCGAGUCAUUUGAGCUACUCAAGGUCAUUGGCAAGGGAAGUUUUGGCAAGGUGAUGCAAGUAAGCAAGCCCGAUACUUCGCGCAUCUACGCCAUGAAAAUCAUCCGAAAAGCACAUAUCAUCAACCGUUCCGAAGUUACACAUACGCUCGCGGAGCGGACCGUGCUUGCCAAGGUCAAUUCGCCCUUCAUUGUACCGCUCAAGUUCUCUUUCCAGAGUCCAGAUAAGCUGUACCUCGGUCUCGCCUUUGUCAAUGGCGGCGAGCUCUUCCAUCAUUUGCAGCGUGAAGGUCGGUUCAGCGAAGCGCGCGCGCGAUUUUACACCGCAGAACUUUUUUGCGCAUUGGAACAUUUGCACGACUUUAACGUGAUUUACCGCGACCUAAAGCCAGAAAACAUUCUUUUGGACUAUAAGGGACAUAUCGCCUUGUGCGACUUUGGUCUUUGCAAGCUCAACAUGGGCGACAGAGACACUACGCAUACUUUCUGUGGCACGCCCGAGUACCUCGCACCGGAGCUAUUACUGGGCCACGGUUAUACCAAGUCUGUGGACUGGUGGACACUCGGCGUUUUACUCUACGAAAUGCUUACAGGCCUGCCUCCGUUUUACUCGGAAGAUGUAAAUGAGAUGUACCGCAAAAUUUUACACGACCCGCUUACCUUCACGCCCGAGAUUAGCGCAGACGCGCGUGACCUACUCACGCGAUUGCUACAGCGCGAUGCUACGCAGCGCCUUGGUACCGGCCCACAUGGUACCGCAGAGAUCAAGUCGCAUCCAUUCUUUACGAAACACAUCGACUGGGCGCAGCUACUGAGCAAGAAAGUACAGCCGCCAUUUAAACCAGGGGUUGCAUCCGCAUUUGACACGUCCAACUUUGACUCCGAGUUCACCGGCGAGCCAGCUCUAGAUAGUGUUGUGGAUGAGAGCCAAAUGCUCAGUGCCGCCGCACAAGAGCAGUUUGUUGGCUUCAGCUACAAUGCAGCAGCCGGCGCAGGAAGCGUCGGCAGCCUUUGGCAGUAA